AUGCGGAGUUCCGACUCACAUGGUGAUCCACGUGUGGCGGAUAUGUCAUCGGAGGGCCCUGGCUCAUCGGGAGGGUCAUUACACUUUAGUGGAGUGACAGAUAUGUUGUUGGGUGGCCUUCAACGGAAGGAAACAUCCGCGCCACUCCACCCAACAGAUAUAGAUGCAGCACAACCAUGUUCGGUCGGUGCCGCAUUCGACGCUGUUAUGCAAAGUGCAUCAGAUGAAUCUCGAAGCGCAGAUAUCAAUAGUGAGAGAACUCGUAAAGUCAAGUCUUCUCAGUUAGUUCAGGACAGUGUGUGUCCGGGCUUCGUCCAGUCGAACGGAGUCACGUCGAGCGCUCAUUACUUGGGAGUGAAAUAUCAAGGGGGGUUAGUGCAAGAGUUGCAACAAAGCGGCCGGUCCCAAGAGGAAAUGGAUUUGUCUUCGUGUGGUCCAAAAGGUAUGGAGGGCCAAUCCUUGUCGAUGGUGAUAGAGGUGUCGAAGCAACGAGAAGGAGUAUGGGGUGAAUUCGCGGAAAUCACAUCCUGCAGCGACGCCACACCCCGUCGUGCGUCACCUGCUGCACAAACCUCCAGUAUUCAACCCACACACAGCAGCAUAUUUUAUCCCUACGGAUUAGAGCACCUACCACCGGUGCUUUUGCACUACGUGACGUUGGGCGGUUGGCGAACUGUGGCUGGUGGUUGGGAUUACUUCAGCCACAGGCGACUAGGAGACGGGGAGGUCAGUGGUCACACAGUACGUUGGCUCCACAAUGCACGGCCACGUGACCGUUUCGCUUUUAUCAUCAGUCCCGUGGAGCGCAGGGACAAAACAUCGCGGGACACAUUACGAAAUAAGCUUCGCAAGUAUUUCUUUGGUACGCCGCCUGCAUUCGCGGACUGUGGAAGGCAGUCAACUUUUCGGUGUGUACCGAGGGCGGAUUGUGAAGAGUCGAUGGAAAACUCAUCAGCGCUGCCGCCGCUGCCUUUGCGUGGGCUUUUUCAGAAGAAGAUAGGAGGUGCCAUGUCAGGCAGUUGUGCGUCUAGCAAAGCGGAGGAUCACAGUACAGUCGGUGUAGAAGUAGUUGAGGUGAAGCAUGAAGAUGUGACUGCAAUGGACUACAACCCGCGCCUGGUUUCCAGUCGCUUUGCUAUUGAAGCCAAGGUGGUUAAUGUAUACUUUUUUCCAACAUUAGAAGGAGCAUUGGAGUACUACAACUGCCCCGGUGAUCAGUACCUGAUGGAUCAGCAGGAGCAACGCGGGAUAACGAACGUUUUACCGUGUGUUGGGGUUAGGCGUCACAAAUAUGCUGGUUGCACGGGAAGCUGCACAGGCUUAAGCCCUGCGCGUAGCCAUGCGUCAGUGAGCACUGCAGCAGCUCCUCCUGAGAUGAGUGCGGGAGAAGGGCGGUGGAUACAUGCAACACGGCAAGAACCGAGUAUGCGCUAUGCGGAGCAUUCUGCAGCGCUUGAUGAUUGCGGCAGGUGCGACUGCCGACAGCAACAAAAUACAACAAAUGAUUUUCCCCGGGACGACGGGUGGGUGGGGACGUCAUUGACACCUCAAUGUAGCUUCGGUACUCGACAAACGAGUCAGCAGACAGUUGUGACGAGCGUGCAAACCGAUCCGACAGUCAGCACAGGGGAGGGGAACGUGCUGCAUGAAAGCGCGGAGAAGUUCCACUUCCUUCCUCAAAUUGCGCCUACCAUUCGGUCUCGUUUAAUGCCGGAACUAACCGCUGUGCAUUUUGAUACAAUUGUCACGCUGUAUUCGGAAGACCCAAACUUUAAUGCUGUGCUGCGGGAGGUGCUGAUGCCUGAGCCCGGGACGCAUCCCUACACCGCGUCCCUUAGGGAGCAACGACGCAUGCUUGCCAUGUAUGAGUUGGGUAUGCCGACGUGGACAGUGUUUCUAGCGUCUACAGGUCUGCCAUACAGGCGGGCUCUGCGGUUGACAUUUGUAGGUUUGGUAAAUAUAUGGCCCAUCAUUUCUCUGUUUGUUGGACUCUAUGAUCUUUACAAGCAUUUGCCACAAAUGAAGAGGUUUUUCUCCUCUACGUUUGAGCCACUUCUGAUUUGGCUAGAGGAGCAUGUUACCGUGCGUGUUUCAAUGAUGAUAACGUACACGGUGUCCGUUUGUGUUACCGUUGCGUCCGCACUCGUCAGUUUUCUGACUCAGUUCUACCCACUGGAAAUUGCGUCCUACCCGUUGAGUAUUAUAGUUUUUCUGUUAAAGCAUCCGUCGCGGCUGUUAUUGGAUACCCUGUUAGCGUUUGUUUCGAUCGUGGCAUCGCUCGUGAAGCUUUUGUGGAUUACAGUAAAGAUCCUUUUUGCUGGGCCGUUCUUAUUGGUGUCGAACUUCGCUUCUUUAGAGAUUGGCUGCUUCGGUGUUGGUGGGGGCGGCGGCGCGGUUUUCCCCGCUGCUGUGGAGGGCACAUCUCUCACGUUGAAGUGGUGGCGUGCUUGGCAGGAGUUUUGGGUUACUGUUGCCGCUCCCGUGAAGAACCUUGCAAAAGCAUGGUACGACAGCAUCGUGCACGUUUGUGUCAGCGCUACACGACGUGAGGCAUCGAUACGCCGAUGGUACACGGCAAAACUGCACGGUAUCACGCUCCUCACGGAAGAAGUCCAUGAGGCUGUCGAACCUUCCCUCGUGACGUUGUGGGGACGAACAAGGGUGUUUGUGAUUCCGCUUGUUUGUUUGGUUUGCCUUCUGUAUUGGUUCUUUCUACCGUACGUGAGCGCGCUUGUGAGGGAAGAGAUCAGCGCACUUACAAAUCUGAUGAGUGGAAAUAUAGGAAGCACGCAGAUGGAAUAUGGUGAAGGUACGGUAAGUAUCCCUGGAAGAGCAGAGGAGAAGGCCCCGCUGGAAGUGGAUAAACGCGAGUGGUCGUCCAUGUUUGAGCUGUCGCAGCUUUACAAUGGCGAUAUCUACCAUUUGGCUGUUGAGUGCUUAACUGAGUCGAACGCUGGUUGGUUCUUGUUGUGGGCAAUUGUUGAGACACUAGUCUACAAGUGGUGA